AAAAUAUAAAAGGAUUUUUUUUGAAUUGUACUGUUCAGUCCGCUACAUUACAAAACAAAAGAGUUCAUCUAAGAAAUUAUUAUAUCUGAUACUAUUAUACUGAAAAUGUUUAUGCUCUUCAUAAUUUCCUUCAUAAUCGUUCCGGUGCUUAAAUGUUGCGGCACAGAAACUUCAACUUACACAACUCAGUACGAUGAGGUCGAUAUAAAGGAAAUUAUGGGCAACGAACGCUUGUUGGUAGCUUAUAUCGGCUGCUUGCUAGACAAAAACCCCUGUACCCCGGAAGGAAAGGAAUUGAAGCGAAAUAUUCCGGAUGCUUUACAAAGCGACUGCAAUAAAUGUAGCGACAAACAACGGGAGAACGCCGACGCUUGGAUUGAAUUUAUGAUAGACAACCGUCCAGAAGAUUGGACAAAGCUUGAAGAAAGAUACAACCCAGACGGCAGCUACAGGACCAAAUAUUUAGAAAGCAAACACAACGCCACAAGCAAUGUCGAUGAAUCUAAAUAGGGAGUAAAAUAAAAAAAGAUAAAUGUAUAAUGGAAAUUUAAUUUUAUUCGUCAAGGGCUCUAAAUAAACUUAACUCGUAAAACAAUA